UUCUUGUGUGCAUGUUCAUAAAGUGAGGAAUUUCAGUUUCGGCUGUAAUAAAGUAUGCUCGCUUGGUAGCGUUUAAUUACUCGCCAGUGCCAUGGUGACUUUUUUAAAUGGAGACUGCUAUCCACAUCUUAUGUCUGCUGUUUGCUCGUGGUUUUUAUUAGCUUCUUGCUUUGCUAACUGAGUCACAUAAGCGGCAAACCAGCCAGCUAGCGACGCAAACCUUCCCGCUCGCUUUAAAGAGGAUUGCGAUUUUACUGGAUUGUACGGGCUGCAAACACCUGCCUUUCAUAUAGGGAUCCUGAAUCUAUACGUGUCCCAUAGAAGAAUUUCUGCUUGUUUACUACGCUGAAUAUAUGAUUUUGACAUGAUGGCUCAUGUCAAGUUUUCUCGGGAUCCUAGGAACGGAUGCAAGGCUCUAAGUUUGAAUGGUGUGGGACUGUUCCUGGAUUAAGGGUUGAUACGGACUCCCACUCGCUCAAACACAUACCUUUGCGUCCCUGUGUGGAGGCGGUGUGUUCGAGCACAACAUUCUGGGCUGACAAGUGGCGGGAGAGUCUGUUUCGCCCGAACGCUUUAUGGUCGUGUGCCGAGCCGCCAGGGUUGAGGCUGUCCUGGCCACGGUUCUCCCAAAUGAAGGAGGGGUUGCUAAAUCACCUGGCCUCCGACAGGGGGCCGGGGAAGGAGCGCCGGGCUGCACCGCCAAAUGAAACCAGAGAACACCCCGAAACACUAAAGAGAGCACGGACUGAGUCGCUAACGAGACAACCGGCAGAGUCGCUAACGAAAGGGAGGACAGGGGCACUAUCGAGACAACGGACAGAGGCGCGAUCGAGACAACCGGCAGAGUCGCUAACAAAAGAGAGGACAGAGGUGCUAUCGAGAGAACGGACUCGGGCGCUGGCGAGAGAACCGCCAGAGUCGCUAACGAAAGAACGGACUGAGGCGCUAAACAGAAAACGGACAGAGUCGCUAUCGGAGGAGGAGACGGACGACAGUUUGGACAACGGCGUGGAGGGGACGUCGGAAGGGUCCGUGCAGCUCGGGAGCAAGGCGCCCUCGUUCAGCGCCGACUCCGACGAGCACCUCCCCGCCGCGCCCGGCUGCCCGGGGGACCCGACGGCGCCGGCCGGAGCCCGGGAGCCCCCGGUGGACUGGCUGGAGCCGCUGGAGGAGGACGAUGACGAAGAGGACGACGGCCAGAGCUGGGACCUGGACCUGCUGCCGGGGCUGAACGGGACCGGGCGGGCGGAGGAGAGCCUGGCGGGAGAGAGCGAGCUGAGUGGGAGCGCGGCGGGGAGCGAGAGAUUCUCUCGUAAGGGCGGCAAGGGCGACCUGGUGGUCCAGCAGACGCGGAGGAGGAGGAGGAAACAGUCUCUCGUGGAUGAAGAUUGGGAGGACUGGCCGUCGCUGGGGGCGGGCUGGAAACGAAAAGAAGUGUUCCGGCGUUCCGGGUUCAGCAUUGGCAAGACCGACACGUACUACAUGAGCCCACUUGGGGACCGGCUCAGGAGCAAGGUUGAGUUGGCCAAACAUCUGGCGGCCUCCCUCGACCUCACUACCUUCGACUUCAAAUCUGGAUUGUUCCUGGUUCAGGGGAAGAUGAGGAAGCUGAAGAAGUUCCGUAAGGUGUCCGGGCCUGUACGGAAGCGGCCGUCCUCCCCUGAUUCGCGCGGCACCCCCCGCAGGAGCUCUCCCUCUCCCCAGCGCUCCAUGGGACGGCCCAGUAGCAUCACCACCACGCCCCCGCGGCACAUAGCCACGCCCCCGCGGACCGCCCCUUCCCACCUCGCCAUGCGUCCCGGCCCCACCCCUCCGCUCGCCCCCCUCGGGCUCAGCUCCGCCCCUCAGUCCCCCCUCUGCCACGGCCAGAGGCUCCGCCCGCUGCUCAAACAGGAGGCGGGGUCCCCCGACUGCACUCAGCCCGAGCUGCCUGCUCCUGCCUGUUCGAGGUGUGGUGGCCCAGUUGGGGGCACAGGGUUUUGGAGAAAACGGCAAACAUCCUUGUGUCUGAAGUGCAAAGGAAAGAGGAAAUAUGACCCUCCAAACAUUAUCUUCCGGAAGUGGUUGCCUUGUGGGAACUGCCGGGCCUGCCUGCGAACAGAGGAUUGUGGGUUGUGUGCCAGCUGCAGGAAUGGGCAGUUAAACCAUGAAAACAACAGACCUGUGCGCUGCCGGAAACGCAAGUGUCUGUGCCCCAUCCGCAAGAAAACUGCAAAGGAAAAAUUAGCAGAGAAGGUGAAAAAACUUGCGAAACUGGACGAGCCGUACAUACCUUCAGAAGUGAAGAAAGUGAAGCCCAUUUCCAUUAACAAAGAGAGCGAAUCGGAAUUAAUCGUCUGUAUUGAUGGGCCGGAUGAGGAUGGGGACAAGGAUGAAGAGGAGGUGAAGGGUUGUUUCCGCAGGCCGUUUGUCGGGCGCUGCGGGCGCUGCAGAGGCUGCCUACGCUCCGCUGACUGUGGCUGCUGCAACGCCUGUGUGGCCGCGCCCCGGAGGACCGCGUGCGGCAGAGCCAGGCGGCCGUGUCUGCUCCGGUACUGCCGCAGGCCGGCUGAGCUGGUCCAGCACGUAGUCCAUGAAGGUUGGAUGGGUCUGGGCAGCCCGCGACCCCACUACAGCAAAGCAUUCUGGGAUGGCUGGGAGUUCAGCGAGGAUGAAGAGGUUGACGAAGUUGCCGGUGCAGAAGUACCUGGGGACUACAAGCUGCAACAGGAAGCGGAUAAAGACGUCUCGACGUCCCAGAAUUAUUUCAAAGCUGAUAGCCGAAGGAUAGACAUCGCGAAAGCAAAUGCAUUAUCGGAAGGACUCCCUGACACCAGUCACUCAAUGAGCAGUGUCUUCAGCCUGGCCGAGGGGGCGCAGGCCGUGGGCGAGGCCCUGGUAGGCGAGGGGGCGGGCGUGCCCUGGGAGCCCGAGCUGCAGGCCCUGCUGGAGGCCGUGCGCCGGAUGGCGCUGCCCCCGUACUGGGUGGGCCUCCUGGCGGAGGGGCCCAGCCUGCAGCUGGUGCAGUGCUCCAAGCACUCCACCAUGGCGGACACCUCUCUGCUCAUCGACUCGGACUUCUACUACCAGAUCAGCGUUCAGGGCCAGCCGCUGCAGCUCACCCAUUCCCUCUACAGGGACCACCCGCGCAAGCUGCCCACCGUGGCCCACGUGGUGGCCCUGCUGCUGGACCUGGAGCGCCACGCCGUGUGUCAGGGGUACCCUGCGCCCGGCCCCCGCCCCCCCUGGGGCUCCCAGCAGCCCCUUCUGCCCACACGCGCCGCCAUCUGCUCCUUCCUGGUGCUGCAGUCCGUGGAGCGCUGUGAACACUGCAGCACUGGGCCUCAGGGACCGUGAGAGACGGGGACACACACGCUCACACGCACGCAAGCACACACACACGCUCACACUCACUUACACAUGUACACACACUCACACACGCGCACACACACACACUCACACGCUCACACUCACUUACACAUGUACACACACUCACACACACGCGCACACACACACACUCGCACGCACGCAAGCACAUGUACACACACUCACUCACACACGCACGCACUCACACACGCACUCACACACGCACUCACACACGCACUCACACACGCACUCACACACGCACUCACACACGCACUCACACGCUCACAUACACAUGUACACACGCGCACACACACACGCACACAUACACACACACACAUAUGCACCCACGUACGCUCACAUACCCUCUCUGAUGUGUGCGCACACACACACACACACACCCAUGAACGAACGUAGACACACAUGCACAUACCUUCUCUGAUAAACGCACCGAGACAUGUAUCCUCUCUCUCACACACACACACACACACACACACACACACACACACACACACACACACACACACAGUUGGGGAAGUUUCUGUCCCAUGUGGCUGAAUUCCAGCUGAUGAUUACAGAUGCGUUACCACCGAAGACCCUAGAAACGGACCUGAGCUUCGUUUAAAGACGUGACGUGAAGUGAGCUGGUCACAGACCCUGUGAGACCCUGCUGAGAUCUGACUGCUCUACUUCUGCUCUCGUUGCCCUCGUUCUGGGGGGAGACCACUAGAGGGCAGUCUUCCCUCCCUGGACCUGGCUCUCGCCCAUCAGCCUCUGUCUGUCUGUGAGCCACAUUCUCCAAAGCCGAGGCUGACGGAACUUGCUGCUGCCUCAUAGCUCAAAUGUGUUACAUUUUUUUUGGAGACCAGUAUCAGUCCAGUUGAGCCACGUCAUGCUGCCUUGUGCCGCAGAAUUAAUCACUGUUGGGGAGGGGGGGAAAAAAGAUGGAUUUUAGUGGGAAAUUUAAUAUCAGUUUUAAAAUAGGCAAGAGGCUCUCAGUUUCAUGACUUCAAGUUUUUUUUUGUUGUUAGUUGAUGCUUCUAUUUUCAAAUUUUGUACCAAAUCCCCAAAUAAAUCAUCUCGAAAGGAUGAAAGUUCUGAAAAUUCCUUUAUCAUUUGAAUUUUGACCAUAGUCUCUUCGUUCACCAUGCAUUUGCAGUUCUUACCUGUGUUGAGUUCUCUUCCGUGUUUGAUGGGCACUCCUUCAGAUGUUUCUCCCUUCAGCUUUCUACUCAGGGUAGACGGAUGUCUUUGAUUAGAUGAUGCAUAAUUACAUAAGUAAUUGUGGAAUUCCAGGUUUUGUUUAUCUAUGAGGACUGUUUUUCUGUGCUGUUUCUCAUUUCCAGGAAGGCGACUCUUUGACCUAUUUAGGAAUUGUAAUGAACAAAUGUAAAGAAGUUUGUGAUGAAUAUAAAUGAUUUUAUUUUUA